AUGGAUUCCUCCCCGCUCACUGGUCUCUUGGCCUGUCCCCAGGAGGUCCUUGACAAUAUUCUCGCUGAGGUUCGCCCAAAAUUUGCAAGCAUUGCAGCGGUCACUCGUGUAUGCCGCAAGCUUUAUUCAGCUGCCACUCCCAGCCUGUAUCAAUCAGUCGUGAUAUGGCAACCAGUCAACGUGGAUCGCUUUGCCAGAAUCAUCAAGGACAAGCCCCACCUUAUUCCCUUCAUUCGAAGAUUACAAGUCCACUACCACGAUAUUCCAGAUGCUGGGGAAGACCAGCCGCAUAUGUUUCAGCUCCUCGACCUCAUUGGCUUCCAGCCGACUAUUGCGAAAUUGGUCAAUUUAGAAUCUUUGGUAAUGAAGGCAGAUUGUCUUCCAAGACUGGAGCAGCCACAUCUGUUUCGACGACCUGAGAUUCUUCCAAACCUUCUUUCAUGUGUACUUGGUCACGACUCUUCGGUCUGGGAACUCUGGAAAAUCAAGCCUGUCUAUGCUGCCCUCAUUCACCCGAGUCUCGAAAACCUCACACUUACUCACUGUGCCAUAAAGGCACACACACAAAACCGACACAAAAAUGGUCCGCUUCAUCCUACACCACUUAAAAGACUAUGGUUGCUAAAUUGCCGUAUCGGCGCAACGAGACUCGCGGAGAUUAUGAAAUAUCCGCGUGCGUUGAAGCACAUCACUUUCAAAUGCGAGGCUCGAGGAUUCCAAACUGACAUCCACCGAAUUCAAACCCGACAGCGGUACGUGGAAGCAAUCAAACUUCAGUCCUCCUCGCUCGAGAGUCUGGAUUUGGACAUUUACCUUCCAUGGGGCAAACGAACCAAUCUCACUUCCUUCUCGCUUCUCAGAGAUCUCACUAUCACACCCAGCCAUUUGGCAGGUAACCCUACGGAUGAUGAUUAUCCCGAGUACAGCUCAGUGCCCAUGAUUGGGCUUUUACCACCAAGUCUUGAGCACCUUACAUUUCGGGAUUCGAUUUCAAGGUUCCGGCUUUACGAUUCUUCCCGCCUUGAAAGAAAUUCCCAUAUUCAUGAGGAUUUCCAUCUUCGAGACGUUUACCAGCUUGUUGCUAGAGGUGAGCUUCCUCAUCUCUCACGUUUCACAUGUGUCCUGGCUCCUCCUUUUCCCGCGGAUGAUUCUGAAACGGCGGAAAGUGGUAUGGCGAAUAUCUCCCUACAAACUUACGCCUUGAAGGCGGAAAUGUUUGAUGCAACUCGAACAUUCACCCAGGCCUUCCAUGAAUUGGGAGUUCUGUUGGAUAUAUCGCAGACUGAUCAUUCUAUCUCCAUGCCAGAAAAUGACGAGUUUAAAUGCCCACACGAGCUCUCCAGCUACCGGGCAGAGCCGACUCGGUAUACUUUCUGGUGA